AUGGCCAGACCUAUACGGCUAUACCAUAGGUCAAGUAUACCAAACAGCCGAAGGCGGCGAGGUGAUCAUAAACAGGUUCGGGAACACCCGUAUCCAGGAACCCCUCGUUGCUGCUUGGAAAAGGCCCAACAAUUCCGAGGAUAUCGCCGAAGAAGAAGUCACAGGCAAGUCCUACAAUUACGUGGACAAAUGCAUCUCGCAUCCGUGCUACACAGACUCGGCGCACUCGUCAAGUCACUUGGCAGCAGCCCUCUGGGUGAGGAAGCCAGCCAAAUCGCUAGGAUAAUCAAUGCGCUCAACAACCACACGCCAGCCUCUGGUGCAACUCCAAAUCCACCUCCACAGAGACUCAGACGAGCAGGCCGAACAGCCCACAAACCGACAUUUGAAUAUGUUAUGUCGGAACCUUGCCUGAUAUAUAUAAAAUCUUAG